GGGGCCCGGCUGCGCGUGCGCAGACGGCGGCCGCCGGAAGCACCCAGCCGAGCUGUGUUUAUCUCGUUGGACCCUGGAGUCGUCGGUUGGCGCGCAACGGGUUCGAGGCUGCAGGCAGCGCGAGGACCCGCGGCCCCGCCCCGGCCCGGCCUGGCAGGUAGCAGAGGCAGCAGGCCGUGCCGGGGGGGCAUGUUGCUGUGACCAGUGGCCAGGGGAUGUUACGGUGGACAGUGCACCUGGAGGGCGGGCCCCGCAGGGUGAACCAUGCCGCCGUGGCCGUGGGACACCGGGUCUACUCCUUCGGUGGUUACUGCUCAGGAGAGGACUAUGAGACACUGCGGCAGAUUGACGUGCACAUCUUCAAUGCAGUGUCCUUGCGUUGGACAAAGCUGCCCCCAGUGAGGCCUGCCGUCCGCGGGCAGGCUCCCGUGGUACCCUACAUGCGCUAUGGACACUCGACCGUCCUGGUUGAUGACACGGUCUUCCUUUGGGGUGGGCGGAACGAUACUGAAGGCGCGUGCAAUGUGCUCUACGCCUUUGACGUCAAUACUCACAAAUGGUCCACGCCCCGAGUGUCAGGAACAGUUCCUGGAGCCCGGGACGGGCACUCGGCUUGUGUCCUGGGCAAGAUCAUGUACAUUUUUGGGGGCUAUGAGCAGCUGGCGGACUGCUUUUCCAAUGACAUUCACAAGCUGGAUACCAGCACCAUGACCUGGACCCUCAUCUGUACCAAGGGCAACCCUGCGCGCUGGCGGGACUUCCACUCCGCCACCAUGCUGGGCAACCACAUGUAUGUCUUCGGGGGCCGCGCUGACCGCUUUGGGCCCUUCCAUUCCAACAAUGAGAUCUACUGCAACCGCAUCCGAGUCUUUGACACCAAGACCGAGGCCUGGCUGGACUGUCCGCACACGCUAGUGCUGCCGGAGGGCCGCCGGAGCCACUCGGCCUUCGGCUACAACGGGGAGCUGUACAUUUUUGGCGGCUAUAACGCAAGGCUGAACCGUCACUUCCACGAUCUCUGGAAAUUUAACCCCGUAUCUUUUACCUGGAAAAAGAUUGAACCGAAGGGGAAGGGGCCCUGUCCCCGUCGACGCCAGUGCUGCUGUAUUGUUGGUGACAAGAUUGUCCUCUUUGGGGGUACCAGUCCAUCUCCCGAGGAGGGCCUGGGAGAUGAGUUUGACCUCAUAGAUCAUUCGGACUUACACAUUUUGGACUUUAACGCGUCGCACUUGUCGUUUGAGGAGCUGCUGGAGUUGCAGAAGCAAGCGGGCAUAAAGGCCGGCCAGCAUGUGCCGUCUGGAAGCGGCACGAAGAAGCAGGGCUCCAGGCCACCCGCACAAGGCGUGUGCCUGGCAGACAAGCACAGGCCCCUGGAGAUGUCAUCCAAGGUGCGGGUGCCAUUUUUGCGUCAGGUUGUGCCUGUCAGUAAAAAGGUAGCCCGUGACCCCCGCUUUGAUGAUCUGUCAGGAGAGUAUAAUCCUGAGGUGUUUGACAAAACAUACCAGUUCCUUGACGACAUCCGUGCGAAGGAGAAACAGCUUGUGAAGAAGCAGCUGAAGAAGCAGCGCGGCGGGGAGGAGCGUGAGAAGCUGCAGCAGCUGCUCCAGCGAAUGGAGCAGCAGGAGCUGGCCCAGCAGGAACGCAAGCGGAAGCAGGAGCUACGCCUGGCCCUGCAGCAGGAGCGGCGGGCGCAGGCCAAGGAGGGCCACCGGCCGUUUUUCUUGAAGAAAUCCGAGCAGCGCCAGUUGGUCCUCGCUGAGAAGUUCAAGGAGCUGAAACGCAGCAAGAAGCUCGAGAGUUUCUUGAGUCGAAAGAGGCGGCGGAAUGCAGUCAAGGACCGGCGACAUCUGCCUUUGAACAAAGAGCGCUAAGGCCUGUCCUCAGCUCUGCGGCCUGGCUG